ACGGGACAUAUACUUUAAAAGAUAUAAAAGAGGAAUAAGUGGAGCCGUGCUACCAUGGUACAACCAAACAAGAGAGAUCUCAGGUUCUGGUCCAACAAAAAAACACAGUACUCUCAUCAUCAACGAGGCGACGUACUCAGGACGCGAUGCUAUUGAAGGCGGCUCUACUCUUGGUGCUAUUAGCUUAUUCCAAAACAUCGGGCUUCAUCAUGAGGACAUCAAUCGAGGACUGUUACAAAAUUGUAGAAAGUGCGCUCCAGAAAUACCACAAAAUCUGUCCUGAAACUGGUAAGUUGCUUUGGUGUGUCAAUAGAAUUGAUUCUUCUUCGGACGACGUGCUGAGGAACUAUCGCUUCGUGGUGCUGGCCUACAUCCGGAUGAAUAGCAUGACCAAAGUUUGUGAACUAGAUCCGAGAAUACGAUGGCAGCUGAAUCGUCUCAGAAAUGAAGUCCUGAAACAACCAUGGACAACUCAAAUGGAACAGAACAAAAAGUUUAUCCACUUGGCAUUUUUCCCGGGGGAUCCGGCAAGUCCAUCAGCUGAGGCAUCCCACAAAGAAUGCAUGGACGAGUUUUCAAAGCUCCUUAAACAUUACAGCGCUUGCAACGUGUAUAGAGAACUCAUCCAGUGUUUCAAGAGCAAGGCCCUAUCUGCGCAUGACCACCUAACAGAGGCGUUUUAUAACGUCACCGUUAUGCCAGCCUUCAGUCUUUUCUUGAUUUGCAAUCAACCAUUAUCAUCCCCUGUCAUUCAUAUCCCUUUAAUAAAUGGCAAUCAUCUAUCACCAAACACUGUCCUUUUAAGAACUGGUUAGAUUUUGUAGCAUACUUGUCCUUCAAAUAUCCCGCCUGUUCAGUUAUACUUGUUAUCAGCACAAAAGCGCUAAAUAGCUAAUGAAAGUUCGAAAAUGUAAACGAGCCAACAAAAACUUACAAAUAAAAUUUCCAUUGGGCCUUUGA